UUCCGUUUGUUUGACGUCUGCAUAGUAAUGAAAAUAUAUGUCACUAUUUUCAUUAUAUGACAGUGCUGUGGCAUUGUUGUUAAUUUCGGUAUGCGGGUCCGAUUAGAUUGAAAUGUAGAUCAUGAAUAAUAUGUCGGAUCGCGUUAUCUGACUAUUUAUAGGUGACUGAAACAAUAUGGCCUUGUUCUAAAAUGGCGGAUCAUGAAAUUUAUGAAGACCGAAUUGCUCUUGAGCAUGUCCGAAGACAACUGUCAACAGACAGUGAAGAGUUCCCCGAUGAGAUCCUUGAUCCUAGAAUCCAGACUGAACUGGAAAAGUUGAACAAGGCAUCCGAAGAGAUUAAUAAGUUAGAACUUGAACUUGAUGAUGCUCGGAGUAGUUUCCGGCAGGCACUGUCAGAAUCCACACAAAAGCUUAAUGCCCUUGCAAAAAAACUGGGCUCUUGUGUCGACAAGGCACGACCAUACUAUGAUGCUCGUGUCAAAGCAAAAGAGAUUCACAUGGAGACACAGAAGGUUGCCCUGCGUUACGAGCGUGCUUGCAGCAUGCACGAAGCGGCCAAGGAGAUGGUUCAGCUUGCCGAGCAGGGCUAUGUUCAGCGUGAGCAGAUGUCCGACCCAGCCUGGCAGGAGAUGCUCAACCAUGCAACAAUGAAGGUGAAUGAAGCUGAAAAGGAGAGAAACGAAAGUGAAAGUGAACACCAGAAGAUCACCCAACAGUUCAAGCAGGCGGAGGAGCGGGUGCAGUUUCUUCAGAGAGAUCUCAAGAGAGCUAUUGCCAAAUCGAACUUGUCAACACGCAGGAGUUUCCUUCAACUAAGUAGCAUUGCGAACCAGCACUGGUUAGAGUGUUUACCCUACUUUGAGAUGAAGAUCAAGUUCAAUCAGGUUAUGGAGGAUCAAAAGUUCAAAGUUGGUACUUUAGAAGAAGAUGUGUCAUCAGCGAAGGCUUUGUAUUCUCAAGCUCUACACAGCCUCGAGGCGAUCAGUGACGAGAUCCAUCGGAAAAGACUGGAAAGACGGAAACACCUUCAGCUUGGCAUCCGGAGUGCUGGGGUGGGGGCUGAGGACCCGGCUCCCCCUCCCUCCUGGGACGGCAGCUCCAGUCACAUUGAUGGACGUUUAGCACCCCACAGAUACUUGUGUAGCGACAGCAGAGUUGCUGAGCAGUCAACUGUAACUUCCAAAGAUAAAAGUAUCCACAAUCAGCAAUCAAAAAGCGAUGUUGAUACUUCAGCUACUGAAAUUUUUGCUGACUCCCUUCUAUUCAGCUCACCUGACCGAGCCCGGUCUCACAGCUACAGAACUGCCAUUGAAACGAGUCAGACCAGUUUGCCUGUUGUUAGUCCGGUGGACAGUUUGGCAGACUAUGAUGAGAACUUUGACGUAUCCAGUUUAGAGGAUGACUACAUGAACCUGCCAAAAACUCACUCUCCCCGAGGACGGGUUGAUCCUCAUGCCGGUACAUCUAACACUGUGAGAGGGGCUGCUCGGAUAGACCGCAGUAUUUCACUGACGGUACAGGACAGGACUUACCAUGACCAGGUGGCCACUCGGCGAUCCCGGGCUAAUUCACAGCCAAUUGCUAUAAAAGGACAUUUGUCACAUGGUGAUUUAACAAGUGAAAUGCAGUCUGCAACAGAAAGUGAGUCUUCGUCAUCAUCUUUACAUAGAUCUCCCAAACUUCAAGGUUUAAUACUUCGGGUUGAUGCAACUUUGGAUCCACUUCAGAAGUCGCAGGGGUCUAAGCCAAUAAUGCACCAGUAUUCUAAGAAUCCACCGACAGUAUCAGCUAAGACUGAAACGAAUGUUUUGUCGCAAGCUGCUGCGAGCAAACCUACAUCAAACGUCUCAUCAUCCAUGGGUAAAAUUGUAGCAGUGUCAUCGGCACCGGUUAGCACAGAUCCUCUCAACGUGUCUGCUGUCCUUGGUCCCACCUCACAGGGCUCCCCGGCAAAACUGUCAAAGGUGACCAAACCCCAGUCCGUGACAUCAGGUGCCAGCAUCAAAGACAGUAAUGCAUCUUCAUUAUCAUCACCUGCUCACGAGCUGAAGAAUUUAAGAACUCCAUCAUCGACUGAAAUGUCACAGUUGAGUGUGGAUGACAGUUCUGACACGGAGAGCAUCGCCAGCAUGGGCCCCAUGUUUGACGACGACCAGAUUGAGUUCCUCACCAUGGACUUCUCUAAGCAGACUAGUAAGGAUGAUCUAUCGGAAGACAUGCAUCACAUCACUAGGCAUUCCUGGAGUCGAAUGAGCCUACCUCCAAGGCUGGGCUAUUUGGAGGGAUACCUAAACAAAAGGACAUCUGAUUCAAGUGUGGAGAAGCAGAUAGAUGAAAAGUCUGAAUUUAUGGAAAAUGUAUCGGAACCGGUUUCAGAGACGGUUUCUGGUCAUAAUAAAGAUAGAUUAGAUGCUGUUGCUUUGGAGCCGGGUCCUGAAGGUUGUGUGAAGUCUGCAGACUUGGAGCCAGCAGCGUGCUUAAAUAGAAAGAGAAGUGAUUCUCAGAGUUUAGAACUGGCUGCUGGCGAUUCAAAUUUUGAUAAAGAAAAAGCAGUUUUUCAAAAAUGUACCACCGAUUCUUUGAACUUGGAUUCUGUUGGCGUAGAACCAGUGUGCAACUCUGUUGAAGAGGAAGACACAGUUUGUGAUGCUGUAGAUCCUGUGGUUGUUAAUCAUCUUCCAGACGGUGACACAGUGGUGAAACCAGUCACUGAAAGCAUCCAUGUCGUACAGACAGCUGCAGAAGAUGCAGAACCACCGUUACAUAGUAUUGAAUGAAAGUCUUGCUGUCGAAGACUGUGAAGUCUGAGUACAUCCGUAGUGUAGUGUGUGUGUUGAGACUGUGAAGUCUGAGAAACAAUCUCAGUACAUCUGUAGUGUAGUGUGUGUGUUGAGAUUGUGAAGUCUGAGAACAAUCUCAGUACAUCUGUAGUGUAGUGUGUGUGUUGAGAUUGUGAAGUCCGAGAACAAUCUCAGUACAUCUGUAGUGUAGUGUGUGUGUUGAGAUUGUGAAGUCCGGGAACAAUCUCAGUACAUCUGUAGUGUAGUGUGUGUGUUGAGAUUGUGAAGUCUGAGAACAAUCUCAGUACAUCCGUAGUGUAGUGUGUGUGUUGAGACUGUGAAGUCUGAGAAACAAUCUCAGUACAUCUGUAGUGUAGUGUGUGUGUUGAGAUUGUGAAGUCUGAGAACAAUCUCAGUACAUCUGUAGUGUAGUGUGUGUGUUGAGAUUGUGAAGUCUGAGAACAAUCUCAGUACAUCUGUAGUGUAGUGUGUGUGUUGAGAUUGUGAAGUCCGAGAACAAUCUCAGUACAUCUGUAGUGUAGUGUGUGUGUUGAGACUGUAAGUCUGAGAAACAAUCAGUACAUCCGUAGUGUAGUGUGUGUGUUGAGACUGUGAAGCCAUCUUAGCACUGCGAAAUCGUAAAACCAUCGUAGGGUGUGACAUAACUACAGCACAUGCGAUAUUGACGUUAGAGCUUACAAUGAUUUUACGAUUUCUUAGGGCAAAAUUGCUUUGAAAAUGUUGGCCCUGGACCUUAGUAGAGAGUAAGUAAAUUGUACAAACGAACGAAUGCGGGUCUUGGGAGUUGACAAAAACUUUCUACUGUACUAAUCUGUUCAGCUCUGCCCUGAUGAAAGGCAGUAUUAUGUAUGAAUUGUGGUACAUGUAUUUUAAAAUAAGCACGAAAAUACAUGUAAUAUAGCCCAUUUAAAAUAUAAAAACUCUUCCUUAAGGCUUAAGCAUUAACAAUGAGACACAAAAUCAUCUAGCUGCUUAAUAAAGCCUUUGGCAGGUGAAUAAAAGUAACAAAAAGUGAUUUUCUCAAAGUGAUUACUUUACAAUGGCAGUCCCUGGCAGAGUUGUGCUACGUGUACUUGCGGACUUUCUACAAAGCAACCGUAUUUUGCUGGUUGACCUUAUGAUUGAAUCAUGUACUGAAGUCUGUUUUGAGACUUCAGUUCCUUAAAUGACAUGUGAAGUUUUCUUUUAAGAAAAUUCCUUUCAACCACAUUGGUAGCUGUAAUGUUUAGAUUCUACUUCACAUAAAACAAAUUGUAUUAAUGGCAUGCAGUCCUGUACAUUAUAGAUGAAGCCAGAUGGAGCCUACAUGUAGUACGAAAUGUUUUAGUUGCCAAAUAAAAAACAAAAUAGUCACAUAUGUGACCAAAUCGGUUGCGAUGUCAUCUCCAAUAGUUUAGAAAAGUUAGAACAGCUAGUAUUAAAAUGAACAUGUAUUGUUGGAAAUUGUAAAUCUAUAGGUCUGUUGUUGUUUCAGUAAGCCAAAUCCAUGUUUGUAAAAUAAAUCGGUGGUUUAAUCAUACCAGCAUAAUGCCAUUGGAUACCCAUCUGAACGAAGUACAGUUCAGCCGGUGAUGAAUUGACACCUACUGGUGUUUGGAACAUUGGCCUCUAGGUGCAGUCAGCUGCUAAAUACAGGUUCACUUGUAUAUUCUAAUCCGUCCUUUCCAUGAAAGAGUUAAGUAACAUUUAAAUUGAUUUUCAAUUGACUUGUCUGGUCCUACAUUCAAGACGACUUGUCCCAGCCAAGUCCAAAUGGAAACAUGUUUACCCCAUACCCUGCCAUGAUUCGGGCAUGUCCACCCUGGGUCCACACUCUGACAUGAAGAAAAUGUUUUAUUUAAAAACGACCACUCAACACAUUUUAUUUACGGUCGGAUAUAUAGUUAAGGACCACACAGGUAUUAAGAGAGGAAACCCGCUGUCGCCACUUCAUAGACUUUUACACUUUGACAUUAUCACGGACUGAACCCAGGGUGGAAUUGUUUCAGCCAAGCGGGCAAGCUGUAAUGUAGAGCUGUGAGACUUCACUCUACGGAUAUAGUAUUAAUAGUGCUAUACUUGCUAACUUCAACCAGGAAGAGAUGACACGUGUGAUAGUGAGUGUGUUAGAAUGUAUCGUACAUGCAGUGCAAUGAUUUGUGUGACAUCUAACAGCCGAUGAUUAGCAACUCAAUAUGCUCUGGUGGUGUUAAACAAAACAAAACUGUAACUUUUUUAGUAUUGGAAUGGAAAUCUUGAAUGGUUACAUGGGAUCCAUGCCAACUGGAUGGUGGAUUGAUAAUGAGAAUGUUAUAUUUAAAUGUAAUCUCAGCACAUAGUGCUAGAAAUUGAAUCUCUCUUUUACUGUUGAGUUUUUAUUGUUGUAUUUAGUAUACAGUCAUCAGUUAGACAAAUUAAAGGGACACGCCCUAGUUGUUAACCAUUA